AUGCUUGCUCAACGUUUUCCGAGUAUCAUUCUACGACGAUAUGCAUCAACUGAUAUUUCUGAACUCUAUAGAGGACUUGUCAAUGGCGAUCGAGGUUGCCUAGCCAGAAGUAUCACUUUAGUAGAAUCAACACAUGCAGAAAAGCAGCAUAAAGCAAAGGAAUUGUUAAGUCAAGUUCUACAAGGAUUGAAACAACGACAAGAGAAACAAGGAAAUGUACCAAUCAGUUUUCGAAUAGGGUUGUCCGGUAGCCCUGGCGCUGGUAAAUCGACGUUUAUCAACGUGUUCGGUCGGCAUCUGAUAAGCCAAGGACAUAAAGUAGCCGUAUUAACAGUUGAUCCAUCAUCGUCUACGACUGGAGGAUCGAUCCUUGGUGAUAAAACACGAAUGUUGGAAUUGUCACGCGAACCCAAUGCAUAUAUUCGAACAUCACCAUCUGCUGGUACAUUAGGUGGUGUAACUCGUACAACUAACGAUGCGAUCGUUCUGUGUGAAGCUGCGGGUUAUAACAGUAUUCUUGUAGAAACUGUCGGCGUUGGCCAAUCUGAAUUUGCUGUCGUGGACAUGGUAGAUAUGUUUUGUGUCUUACUACCACCUGGCUCGGGUGACGAGCUGCAAGGCAUGAAAAAGGGAAUUAUGGAACUAGUUGAUCUGAUCAUAAUCACAAAGGCGGAUGGGGAACUGAUGCAGGAAGUUCGUCGUUUGAAAACGGAAUGGUCUAGUGCUCUUCGACUGAUGCGACGCCGAUCCAGCAAUUGGACACCGAAAGUUUUAUCCGUCUCUUCUCGUACAAAUGAAGGCAUCGAUAAAGCUUGGUCGCAAAUGUUUGCUUUCGAAAAUGCGAUGAAAGAUUCCGGCGAAUUUAUGGAUAAACGUGCUAAUCAACUUCGGAAAUGGAUGUGGAACAACGUCAAAGAUCGAAUGCUAGAUCAGUUCUUAGCCGACGAGGAAAUUCAAUCAGCUAUACAUUCGUACGAACAGCGCGUUAUUCGUGGGCUCAUAACACCAUUUCUUGCUGCAGAUGCAAUUUUAUCCUUAUUUUCCAAAACGAAGCCGAAUCAAACAAGAUAA